CAGGAGCUGUAUUUCUGUGCGCUCUUCAUCCCGACGGCCUCUGCCAGGCUCAGUCGGUUUAUUCGAGACUGUUCUCCUCAAUUAGCUUUUCGUUUUAUUCCAUCAAAAUGAAUACAUUUCCCAGCUUGCACCGCGGGCAGUCCAUAACCCGCCAGGAGAAUGCGCUUGAGGGAAGCGUCCCGUUACCUGGCAACAGAGAGACGAAGGCGGGGACGCAGAAAUCUGCGACUGAGAAGCUGCGCAACGAUGAAGAGCCCAGGCGAGCGGAUCGUAGAUGAAACGUGUUGCUUCCUGGCUCUGUGCCAGCACCCGUCCUGCUGGGAGGCAAUGAGGCGCAUUGAAAGAGGGGCACCGCGGUACAGGACACCUAAAGCGGCCCACCAGGAGCUGAAAGAAGCCAAAGGAGAUCCUUUGCCCACUCUGAAAAUCUUGAACAUCGGGAAUGACGUGCUUGGCUGCUCCACCAGAGCGAUGACUUCAUGGACUGCUGAGUCGCUGCCAGCUCAACCCAAAGAUCACACGGCCAGCGACAGAAGUGAAAGUGUCUGGUUUCCUGGGUUCAACUCGCCACAUAUCCUGUCCCACAGAAAAUGGAACCUUGGCCAGACUAACGUUAAGUCUCAACCCAGCGUGGAUGUGCAGCGAUACCCGCCCUCCGAGGACGUCAGCCCCUCCAGCUCUGUCCUGAUAUGGGUCCCGGGUCCCCAUGCCAGCUCCGUCCACACUUCACAACCCGGGAAAGUGUGCACUAAGGAGCUGAUCUGCGCCCUUCCUCCUCUGCCAGCGGAUGUGCCACGCCGAACGAAGAGAAUGCCCAGAGCUGAAAGGAGAACUACUGGCACCUUCAAGCUGAAUGAACCAAUGGCAGAUGCCAACCUACUCAUUCAGUCCUUCGGAAUCAGCGCAAAGAAGCCUGCAGAUGAUGGAGAGCCAAGCUCAGAGGAUCAUAGUGCCCAGCUAAAAGACCAGAAGCUGGCACACUUCAAGGACAUGAGGGUGUGGUCUCCACAGGAAGAUGGGCAUCACCAGGCCCCAUCGCCAGCUCUCUCCUUGCCCUCAAACAGAGCCCUCCAGAGGAGGCACCCGAAGCAGAAUGAAUUGUGGUCGUCGUGGCUCCACGCAGAUCGGCCGCUCCUACAGAGCAGGGGGGUGGUGUUCCAAGAUGCAGGGGCACGGCGGGCAGAGGCGGGCCGCUCCAGGAAGCCUGUGGGCUCCCCAUACAGACUGGACAGCCAGGCUAGUGGCUCAGCGGGCAGCGUUUAUCCCGAGUGGCAGAGUGCAAGUGGCACACCACAACUGUGGGUAAAGUAUCUGAUGACUGUCACCCAAAAGAAAGCCAGACGUGCACCCCAGUCCAGCGGCCUGACUGGGAGAACAGGUGAGAAGGUGACACAGCAGGCUGUGCCGGUGGCCUCGGGCCCCUCGGGCAUUGGGCCAUGGAGCACGACGUCCCCAGCAGACCACGGCCUGCAGCACUUGAGAGGAUGGACGGCCUGCUUCCCCCAGCCUGCGGGAGCCACUAAGGGCACCGCCCGAGGGCACACAGAGCAGCCCGGGAGCCGCGGUGAGCCGGGCGGAGGUGGUGAGGCAGCCAGUGACCGGUCAGCGGAGUCCAGGCGGUGGGGCUGAUGAGCGCAAGCCGGAGUCCCUCCCGGUAGAGGAGCAGUCCCGGGUCACUGAGCUGAGUAUCGGGGGCACAACACCGCCGUGGCCACUCCCUGGACUGAGAGCGUGUCUGUCCCUUUGCCGCCACCGCCUUCGCCACAGUCGGAGCAGCUGCCCAGCCGUUUGUGAAGAGAAGCGGACAGCGAAAGCAAACGCCGACCCGCCCUGCAAUGCCAGGAGAGUGUAGGCAGAGGCUGGAAAGAUAAAUAAAGGCGCUAUAUAUAAAACACGGGCUACUCGAGUCCUCUGUGUGGUCCUGGGUCAGACACAAAGUGCCCGUAUGUGGGCAUUCACUUUGUGUGGCAACACAUGGGCGCAGACCAGCACCCGUGAGAGCUCAGGCAGUGCAUUCUGGGAUGUGAAAGUACACAAUUAUUACACUUUAGAAAUGCCACUGCAGUUAGUGCACCCUCACUAUGCCCACCGGUCAUGACAUGCCCUGCCUGAGCUCUAAAGUGGGUGCCAGCUGGGCCUGCCAGAGUCACCCGACCGGUUGGUCUGCUGCGUGUCACCGUCACCUGCAGCCUUGCGACAUCAUGAGAUAGCAGGAAGAACAAAGGGAGGCUUUGUGAGGAGAGUGACACCAGGGACGACAAGGCCACCACAGAGGACACCACCCGAGCCUCCAUGACGAUGCCACGUGUCCCACUGCUGCUCCUCAUGCUGGUCUUGCUGUCUGCACAGCUCUGCCCGACCACCACCCACUCUGAAGGCCUGGAUGCCACUUUGAUCUCGGAUGAAGACCAACCCAAGGACAUCUCCAAGGUCAGCCGUGGACAACGCGGGUCCAGACACGGGCUCUGGAGGCUCGUGAGGAAGGGCUGAUUGGGCGCGCUGCUGCCCCCUGCUGGACGGAUGACGAAAGGCGGUCAUGGGCAGCACAAAUAAAGAAAUAAAAGGAUUGUAAGAAGCCGG